AAUCCUCAUCCUUCCUAUGAAAUCCAUUCAAGUUCCAACUUCGUUAUCAACUAUUUAUUUAUAAUUAAUGACCAGGAUAAACCAUGGGGAACAAAAAGAAAUGUUGCUUGAUAUUCAAAAAUAUCACUGUUUUGAUUGAGGAAAGAGAUGUCAAAUGCACAUAGUAGAUAGAUAUAAAAUUUCAGAAUGAUGAUAAGGUGCAAAAACCCUCUUCGUGACUUACCACAGUCAAAAAUAGGAGGCCUGCUAGCCUCAUUCAUUUUUAUCUUCCUUAUAUACAAAGGUUUUCUAGAAGAAGAUAACAAAGAAACCUUUAAUGUUUCAGCUUUUGUAUCUCAAUCACAUGAAUACUUGGAAAUUGUGAAGAGAUUUUUCCUUAAUAUAAAGCAGAGAGAUAAAAUAUAUCUUGACAGAGAAAAGUCCUAUCUUGAUGAGAAAGCCAGAAAGUUGAGAAUUCUCUGCUACACCAUGACAGUGCCAGCUAACAUGCAGACAAAGGCUGUAGCCGUGAACAACACAUGGGGAGCCCGAUGUACGAAACUAAUUUUUGUGACUCCCGAGCCUAGCUCUACUUUGUACACCAUGCAAGUGGAUGUAAAAGAGGGAAGAAGCUACCUCACAGACAAAACUGUAAAAACACUCAUAGCUCUGUACAAAACUUAUAGAAAUGAUUAUGAUUGGUUUUUCAAAUGUGACGAUGACGUAUUUAUCAUCAUGGAAAAUUUACGCCUUCUUUUGGCCAAGCAUGAAUCUCAUGUACCAGUUUAUCUGGGGCACCAGUUUAGACUGUUGACAAAGCAGGGAUAUUUGUCGGGAGGUGCGGGAUAUGCUAUAAAUAGAAAGGCCCUGGAUAUGAUUAACGAGGAAGGUUUUCAAGUGUCCGGGAAAUGUGAGAUCUCGGGGAAGGACGAGGAUUUAGAUAUAGGGAGGUGUUUUGGAAACCUCGGCGUAAAAAUUUAUUCCACUGUUGAUACUCAGGGACGACAAGCAUUCCAUCCUUUUGGCUUUGAGAGGGCUUUCUAUGGACAUAAAGGAGGGGAGAUUUACUACGUCUCAAGGCCCUACAACACGGGCCCUGAUUGUUGUAGUGAGUUCACCGUGUCUUUCCACUAUGUUACUCCAGAGGAAAUGUACCUAAUGGAAUUUUUAUUGUAUCACACGAGAAUCUAUGGCCGACAUUCAGUCGCAAAGGACAAGGAAAUUUUCACAAACAAAGAAGCUGUUAUUCCUGAUAAGGCCCCAAAUGAAGUGCUGCUCACUCCCAAAUUUAUCUGGCAUCAUCUAUUUAGAUAUUCAAGAUUUGAGUAG